AUGACACCACCCACAGGGCUGAGGACGUUGAUUCGGUCACUACCCACGGGGCUGAGGACGUCGAUUUGGUCACCACCCACAGGGCUGAGGACGUUGAUUCGGUUACCACCCACAGGGCUGAGGACGUUGAUUCGGUUACCACCCACAGGGCUGAGGACGUUGAUUUUAUUGGAAUUUUGGUUCGACUGGUUCGUUGUUUCUUUCUACACAUUGUAUUUCAUUACGCUUGGAUUCUUCAUUUGGUACUUCGUGAGACUAAUGUUUUGUAGACGUGAUCUACGCGUUCGUCACAACCGGGUUCGUGUACUGGUUGGAAGUAUUGAUAAAUUCGACACACAGAUUCAGAAUUUGUUCAUGAUGUCAGAAGCAUGCCUUGAUCCAUCCCCUCCGGAGAGGAAUAAUCUGGCGAAACCCCAGUCAUCUCAAAGAGAUAAAAGUAAACUGUUUAUCUGCAAAGAUAAGAUCGCCAAUUCCGAAAGACAAGGCUUUCCACAAUGGAAAGUGGCGAGAGAAAUGAACUCGUUGUUUGCAUUAAACUUCAGUUCUAAGAGAAACAUCAUUUUCUUCCAACCAAUUGGAGAAUUCCCGUCACACAUUCUGGACUUUAAGGUUGGUGGGAUACCUCUUCUGCAGUUUCUAUGUGAUUUUCUGAAGACAUUCUUUCAUGGAAUGGAAGUUGAAACACAAGAAGAAAUCAGUGUGGAGAGUCUGGAGGUUACCUCACGAUAUCACAAAGUGACUGGGAAGAAACAAGUGCUUGUCACUGAUGUGCUGACAAAAUUGAAAAAGUUUUUAAAACAUCGUUUUCACUACAUCGUUGGUAUGUCGUGGACAGAUUUGUACCCUAGUGACGAUCUCAACUUUGUACUUGGAGAAGCAUCCUAUAAACAACGAUCUGCUGUGUUCAGUUUUGGACGCUAUGAACCACAAUGUUACCAUGACAACAAGGCAUACGAUGAUAUUGUUGAAGUGGAUGGAGAAAUAUUGUGGAAACUCAUCAAGGUGAUGACCCAUGAAGUCUGUCAUACAUUUGGACUGGCACAUUGUGUUUUCUUUGAGUGUGCUAUGAAUGAAAGCAGCUCAGUAAAGGAAGCUAUGUCGCAGCCACUGUUUCUGUGUCCAAUCUGCCUUAGAAAACUUCAACAUCUCUGUGAUUUUAACAUCAGGACGAGAUAUCAAUCAUUAUUGCUAAUCUGUCACCAUGUGCAGAAGUAUUUUCCAACAAAGAAGAUGGAAGCUUCAAUUUUUUUAAACAAUGAGAGAUCUGAUACAGUGGCAGUGGACAAGGUUGAAUCAUGUUUGCAGUUUUUAAACAAUGAGAGAUCUGAUACAGUGGCAGUGGACAAGGUUGAAUCAUGUUUGCAGUUUUUAAACAAUGAGAGAUCUGAUACAGUGGCAGUGGACAAGGUUGAAUCAUGUUUGCAGUUUUUAAACAAUGAGAGAUCUGAUACAGUGGCAGUGGACAAGGUUGAAUCAUGUUUGCAGUUUUUAAACAAUGAGAGAUCUGAUACAGUGGCAGUGGACAAGGUUGAAUCAUGUUUGCAGUUUUUAAACAAUGAGAGAUCUGAUACAGUGGCAGUGGACAAGGUUGAAUCAUGUUUGCAGUUUUUAAACAAUGAGAGAUCUGAUACAGUGGCAGUGGACAAGGUUGAAUCAUGUUUGCAGUUUUUAAACAAUGAGAGAUCUGAUACAGUGGCAGUGGACAAGGUUUAA